GGAGGGAGACAGCCGUUGAGCUACGUGACGCACACGACAAUUGUUCACCAAAUUUUUUAUUUAAGCGUGCCUGUCGUCUAAUUUCACAUACUUUUGCAAUCGUAACUUGUGCAUAAUUUGUAGUUUAUAGUGGUCGACGGCGGAAACAAACCGGAGUUACACGUUUAAAGCUAAGCUAGUUUACUUUUCUCGACAACAUGAGAGGCGGUUCUUCCUAUGGAGACAGGGACAGGGACCGUGGACGAGACAGGCCACGGUUUGGAGCCAUGAGCAGUCGCAGUGGACCCUCACCAAUGAAGUUUGGGAAUCCAGGUGAGCGUCUCCGCAAGAAGAGGUGGAACCUGGAUGAGCUGCCAAAAUUUGAGAAGAACUUCUACACCGAACAUCCUGAAGUCCAACACAUGAGUCAGUAUGAAAUGGAGGAAUUUCGCAGAAAGAAGGAAAUCACCGUCAGAGGCUCCGGCUGUCCAAAGGCGGUGACCGCUUUUCACCAGGCGCAAUUUCCUCAGUAUGUGAUGGAUGUGCUGAUGCAGCAGAACUUCAAGGAGCCAACAGCAAUACAGUCUCAGGGCUUCCCUGUGGCCCUGAGCGGCAGGGACUUGGUGGGGAUUGCCCAGACCGGCUCCGGAAAGACACUGGCUUAUCUUCUUCCUGCUAUUGUACACAUCAACCACCAGCCCUAUCUGGAGAGGGGAGAUGGCCCAAUAUGUCUGGUGCUCGCCCCAACCAGAGAGCUGGCUCAGCAGGUUCAACAGGUCGCAUAUGACUAUGGCAAGUCUUCCCGGAUCAAAAGCACCUGUGUUUAUGGUGGAGCACCCAAAGGACCACAGAUUCGAGACCUCGAGAGAGGUGUUGAGAUCUGUAUUGCCACACCUGGUCGCCUCAUUGACUUCUUGGAGAGUGGGAAAACUAACCUGCGACGCUGCACCUACCUAGUGCUGGAUGAGGCUGACCGCAUGCUCGACAUGGGCUUUGAGCCACAGAUUCGCAAGAUAGUGGAACAAAUCAGGCCAGACAGACAGACUCUGAUGUGGAGUGCAACCUGGCCAAAGGAGGUUCGGCAGCUUGCAGAGGACUUCCUGAGGGACCAUGUUCAGAUCAAUGUUGGUGCUCUGGAGCUCAGUGCCAACCACAACAUCCUGCAGAUUGUCGAUGUCUGCAUGGAGACGGAAAAGGACCAGAAACUCUUUCAGCUGAUGGAAGAGAUAAUGGCUGAAAAAGAGAACAAAACCAUCAUCUUUGUGGAGACUAAGAAGCGCUGUGAUGAUCUUACCAAGAGGAUGCGGCGGGACGGGUGGCCAGCCAUGUGUAUCCAUGGAGACAAGAGCCAGCCAGAAAGAGACUGGGUACUUGCAGAAUUUCGGAGUGGUAAAGCUCCUAUACUGAUCGCUACCGAUGUGGCCUCUCGUGGUCUGGAUGUGGAGGAUGUCAAGUUCGUCAUCAACUACGACUAUCCCAGCUGCUCUGAGGAUUACGUGCACCGUAUUGGACGUACGGCUCGCAGCACCAACAAAGGCACUGCCUACACCUUCUUCACACCAGGGAACUUGCGGCAGGCCCGUGACCUUGUCCGGGUCUUGGCGGAGGCCCGGCAGGCCAUCAACCCUAAACUGCUUCAGAUGGUGGAGUCGGGGCGCGGUGGAGGAGGCGGUGGCAGAAUGCGUUACCGUGGCAGCAGCUCCAGUAACCCAAACCUCAUGUACCAGGGAGAGUGUGAACGUCGCAUGCACGGCGGCAGUAGCAGAGACAGCCGCGGCAGCUUCAACCGUGACAGCCGCAACAACCGUGAUGGAGACCGCUCUUCUUCCUCCUCCUCCUCCUCCUACAGGGACAGAAGCCGGGAUCAGAGGAACAGCUACAGCUCGGGCUCAGAUCAGUACCAGAGUUACAGCGGCAGUGGCGGCUACAACUCCCGCAGCGGAGUUCAGUCUGUAGGAGGUCAGGAUCAGACUAACCAGCAGCCGGCUCAGUUUGUCCAGCAUCCUCCAGUGCAGCAUCCUCCUCCUGUUCCUCCUCCUGCGUCAGGGGGGCUGCAGCCUCUGAUGGCCCAACAGUUUGCUCCACCACAGCCGCCGCUCAUGGGCUUCAUGGGGCAACCACCUUUCCCUUUUACUUCUCCACCACCACCUCCUCCGGGCCCGCCACCUCCCCGGAAGUAGAAUAAUGAGCAAGAGUGAGUCUACGCUACUUAGUGUUUUCACAGCGCAACUUUGUUUGUACUCCCCAACUCUUGUCAUUGUCAAGAGGGGAGGUUUGAAAAAGCAUAUAUCUAAGGAGGUAAGGGCUUAUAUUUUUAUAUUUGUUUUGUACUUUUAAAUAAAACCUAAACCUUUAGAACUUUUACCCUUCACUUUUUCAGCCUAGAUUGUCACUCUCCACAGCCUCACGCAGCUGCUCUCAACCAUGUACCAUGCAUGGAGGAACAUGUGCUUUCAUUUAAUCACACACUGAAGCAGUGGAUUUCACCAGUUUGUUGUGCCUCUCUAGUUAAAGGGUAUACUCUGCAGGAUAUUCUCUAAAAAAUCAAUAUAUAGACCACAGACUUUAUUUAAAGAUACUUUAUAUACAGUUUAUAUACAGUCUAUAGUAUAGACUCAUUCAAAAGUAAUCCCUCUCAGUCAUUCUGUUGGGGAACAGAAGGUGUAUGGCGCUGUAUCUGAAGAGACUACCUGUGUCUUCUUAUUUUCUUCUUAUUUUGCUUUGGGAUAUUCCUGGGCAAGUUGUGCAGGUGAGGUCGGAACUUUAUAUAAAGCAGAGUUGUUUCGAUACCUGUAUCAGAAAUACCUCCAAUACUUCCUUAAAAUGCUGGAUCAGCUAGAGCGAAUAUCCAUACACUGAUCUGAGUUGACUUAAUUUGUUAAUAAGCUUUUUUGAUAAUUAUUUUGUUUCUUGUGGUUUUUUUCAUGCAUUGGUAUUGGAUUAGUGCUUGUGGACGCAGCACCAAAAAAAUGCAAAUAUACCAAAUCAGGGGUUGACUUUUUAACUUUUGCUGGUGAUGCUGAAAAAGAACAGCAGUCAACAACUACAUUUAAGUAACAAAUACCUUUAAACAGUUUUGUUCAUCAGGAUUUGGAUUUCAUUAGGAUUUGAUUAAAAUGAAAUGAGGCCUCAGUGAUACAUGGUUGAAAGCGCUUAUUUUUUGGGAAAAUGAUGUCACAUUCCAAAGUCUUGUCUCACUCCAGCUUUUUUUGAGCUCAAAAACUUUGACUUAUUUUGUUUGAGGUUCUGACUAGCAAAAUAUUUCAAGUGUUGAAUUUAUUUUUGGUUCCUGUUAUCCUAAACAUUGAAAAAAGGCAUUCAUAUUUUAAAUAUGCUAUCAUAGUUUUGAAACUAUGCAACCACUGUAUUUUAGUGCCAUGGGCUGUCACAUUAGGUCUAGAUACAUUUGGUUUUUCCUAUCUUGUUGCAAGCAAAAACUGAUGUUUUAUUUACUUCUGUCUAACUAACGUAUUGUUUUAAUAAACAUUUCAGGUAAUGCAGACUUAUUUUCAUGUGGGCUGCUGACUUAACUGCAAUUUGUUUCCUCUUUUAUUCAUUGUGUUCUUUAUUUAAUAAAUGAUUCAAAGCA